AUGGCUGGCCUCUCUGUGGGCGGGCCUCAGUCACCCUCGGGCUCAAAGACCAAGCAAGUAAAUAGGUCACACGCCGCUUCAUCCUCCCAGCCCCAGUCCCAGAAUCGCCUACCCCCAGUGCUCAAGAAGUACAUGAACCCCGGUCUCGUCAGGCCACCCAACAGUGCCCUCGCCAACAACAAUAGUAACCCUUACGAUAAUCGCGGUCCGCUUCUGACCCUAGCCGGCGUCAAUGUUGCCGUGCCUAAGCCUGGUUCAGGUUCGCCCAUGGGUAAAUCCAAGGCAUCUUUGGGGCACCAUACUGCUCAUGGUGUCCAUGGUCCCGCUCAUGCGACGGCGCAAAGGGCGAUGGCCAUAAAUCAUCAAUCUGGCGCUAAACAUGCCAUGACAAAUGGCAGCAGCGCGAGCGGCGCUAGGGGGGCGGACCUGGGGCGAUACGAUGGAGGACUGGAGGAGGAUGAGGCAAAGGCUGGGGAAGCUAGUGGACCGUCUGCAAAGACUUUGGAGAUGUCUAGUGCCAAGUGUGUAUCAUUGUGCCUUGUCGGAAAGACCCCAGCUGAUGUUUUGGUUAGUGAUGGCGGCAAGAUUGAGCUCUCCCUUCCCUCGUUCCAAAUCGGCAGACCCCUCGGUAAAGGCAAGUUUGGUCGAGUCUACCUUGCCAGGUCCAAGCAGCCCCCUCACUUUAUCGUUGCCCUGAAGUGCUUGCACAAGGCAGAGAUCAUCCAAGGCAAAGUCGAGAACCAGGUGCGACGCGAGAUUGAAAUUCAACAAAACUUGAGACAUCCAAACAUCCUGCGGCUAUACGGCUACUUCCAUGAUAGUAAACGUAUCUUUUUGGUUCUCGAGUACGCGGCGAAGGGAGAGCUGUACAAGCAGUUGUCAAGAGUAGGCAAGUUUGACGAGAAGCGAAGUAGCAGAUAUAUCGCCCAGAUGGCCGAUGCUUUAUUGUACCUCCACCGAAAGCACGUUAUUCACCGUGAUAUCAAACCAGAGAAUCUUCUUAUCGGCUUGAGCGGAGAGCUGAAGAUUGGAGAUUUCGGAUGGAGUGUGCACGCCCCCAGCAACCGCCGCAGCACCCUCUGUGGUACUCUCGACUACUUGCCCCCUGAGAUGGUUGAAGGAAAGGAGCAUACCGCUGCGGUGGACCUUUGGGCUCUGGGUGUUUUGACGUACGAGUUUGUCAGCGGUGGACCACCUUUCGAGGACCUUUCCGGAAGCGCCGCCACCUAUCGACGCAUUCGAAAGGUCGACUUGCACGUUCCCUCUUCUGUUUCUCCCGAGUGUACCGAUCUCAUCAAGAGGCUGCUUCGUUACAAUCCUGAAGACCGUCUUGCUCUCACAGAGGUACUGACACACCCUUGGAUCAAGAAGUAUGAGAAGAAGAGGUCGGACGGCAGCAGAAAGUCAUAA